AUGGAGACAGCCAACAUCGAGGUGCUGAUAGUCAAGCUGGUGAAUAGGAUCCGAGUCAGGUGUUCCAGGGAGAAUCUGGGCGAGAAUGACAAAGAGUGGGGCAAUCAAUAUCUUGCACUGGGGCCGAGUAUGAGUAGCCUAUGCCACUGCGGUAUGAAGAUGUUCUUCAAUGUCACGCUCACCUUCUCAGACAGGGAUGAUGACAAGUGCGUUACAAAGGUUAAUACUGCUGACACACCGGACGGUGUGAUCUUCCAGUCUGCUGUGUGUCUGAACUGCACCCAGCCUGAUACAGAGUCCCUUCUAGCGGCUCUCAGAGACAGCGUGUUCAACCUGAGAGCCGUCCGUCCUGUCCGUGAGCUCAGCAGCCCCUCUGUCGUAGGGAUCUUUUUCACAGUGUAUGGCAUCUUGGACGUGAGCUGGCAGAAUGAGUUUGUGAGCUGGGACGCAGAGGAGUGUGGGACGGAUAAAAUCUCCCUGCCCAGAGCAAACCUGUGGACACCAGAUAUCGUCAUCAACGAAUUCAUGGAGGCCAACACAGGCCCAGAGACCUCCUAUGUGUACGUCUACAGCGACGGCACUGUCGUUGACAUGGCACCGGUGAAGGUGAUCAGUUCCUGCAACCUGGAUAUCUACACAUUCCCUUUUGAUAUCCAAAACUGUUCAUAUUCCUUCAAUUCCUACUUACAUGCAGCUGAUGACAUCCGCUUGAGUCUUGACCUCCCUGCAGAGCUUAUUCUGGAUUUGUCCAACACAUACAUGGAGAUGAAAGGAGAGUGGGAGCUCAUAGGAUCUUCACAGUUUUCUGAAUCUCUUUCUAAGUUGAUCCUGAGGCGGCAGCCCACCCUGUACGUGGUGAACCUGCUGAUCCCCAGCUGUUUCCUCAUCACCCUGGACCUCUUCAGCUUCAUCCUCCCCCCACAGAACGUGGACCGAUCGGCCUUCAAAAUGACUCUCAUCCUUGGCUACACCGUCUUCCUGCUGCUCAUGAACGACCUGCUGCCCGUCACAGGAAACACCAUACCACUCAUGAAUGUGUUUUUCUCUCUCUGCCUGGCACUAAUGGUGGCUAGUCUUCUGGAAACCAUCAUCGUCACCAACAUCUUGCACAACUCAAAGGACUACAGAGCUGUGCCACGCUGGGUUCGAGUCCUCGUCUUAGAGGUCAUGGCACGUCUCGUCUGUCUAACCCAGAAGAAGCCAGAUGCCCAGGUCAUAGUGAUUCACAAUCAAGUGGAUCCUCAGCCUCCACGGCAGGAAGUAAGUGAGACGGCUGCUGCAGACCUGCAUCAGGAGGCUUUCCGAAAGCUGGAGAGAGAGCUGCACGCCAUUCGACAACAAAUGGAAAAGAACAUAGCAACUGACCAGAACACAGAAGACUGGAUUCACAUUGGCCGAGUCUUGGAUCGGUUCUUAUUCUGUGUCUAUCUGCUCUUCAUCACCAUCAGCUUCAUCACUAUAUUGGUCAUAUGGACUCGCUGGUAUCAGUUGUAG